AUGGACCCGCAAACGAGCUACGACGCUUGGUCCAUGCAGCAGGCCUGGCAGUCUGCCAAUGGCGACAUGGUGCCGAUCGGUGCGCAAGGUACACAGACCUUCCAUGCCUUUCAAGACGCGCAGCAGCAACAACAACAGCAACAACAGCAGCCGCCAUAUAAUCAUUACGAGCAGCAACAGCAGCAGCAGCAGCAGCAGCAGCAGCAGCAGCAAGUGAUGGCAUCACAUCAUCUCCAACAAUUCAACGCAGAACCAAUUUCGGGGGCGCCUCAGGCUUCGAGCAGCUAUCCAGCCCAGCCAUCCACCCUCGACGCCAACAUGAUGCGCGAGCUGCAGGCCAUGUAUCCGAAUGCUCACCCGGACAUGCUCAUGCAAGCCAUCUUGCAUCCUUCAGCAUCCGCUCCGCAGCCCGCAAACUUCUUCCCGGCAGCGACGCAGCAGCUCUCUCAAGCACCCCACCAGCAUCAGCCCCAGUGGCAAGGAGCUGCUCCGGUAUCACAGGCGUCGUAUCAGCCCUCCUCGUUUGCAUCGGCACCCCCGGCGUACAACGGCGCAGCACAACCGCCUCACGAUAACUACGGCGAUCAGUCCGGGCACUCUCUGGCAGACGCGCUGCGUUUCACGCCGGCCGCCUCUUCAACGCCUGCAGGGUCCACGACGAGUCUGCAAGCCACCCCGGCUUCCUCUGAAGCUGAUGCGUCCGGUGAGAAGAAGAAGCCCAAGCUUCGGCAACUCAAGCUCACCUCGCUUCUUGGUGUUGCCCAGUCGGUCAGCAUGGAAGGGCAGCAACCGCUCCCGUCGACAUCGUCCAACCCCCACCCCACAACAUCUGGCUCGGCCGAAUCCAGCACAGAACCUCGCACACCCCCGCUGCCGCCAGCACGAGUCAUGGCGGCAAAGCCAGCAAGCUCCUCCGGCGCGAGUACGGAUACGGCUGCCGCCCAACCCAACGCCGCCAAGCCCUUGGCGACAGCCGACGGCGUGCUGUGGUCCAAGGCAAAACAACCGCUUGGCCGGCUCUCGGUCGAGCGCGACCCCACUACUUCGGCGAGACAGCUGACCAAGAUCCUGUGCGAGUUCGAUGCCGAGGGCAGAUUCCGCAGACCAGUCUCGACGGGUGCCGAAGUGCGCAAGUCGCUCGUGGAAACGCUGCAUGCGAUCGCGACGCUCGAAAAGGGAAAGGGAUUCUCCGAGACAGGACGCAAAAAGUUUUUCGGCGCAUGGAUGGCGAGCCCCGCAGGCCGACACAUCCUGUCCACCUGGCUGCGCCAGACGGUGCCGCCCAAGAAGGUGACCGAAGGCGCUCCGGACUUGAGCCGACGCUAUAGAGACACGCUGCUGCCGCUGCUCGCCAUCCUAGACUAUGUGCCCAUGCGCAAGGCGUAUCUCACCGAUGAGGCCGGUUUGGGGAAGGCGAUCACGGGCGUCUCUUUGCGCGCUGUCGACCCCGGCGCACGCAAACUCGCCGAGAGUCUGAAAAUAAAAUGGACCAAAGUCAUUGAGGCCGAAGACUCGACGUCGACGUCGUCGUCCAAGGCAAGCCCACCGGCCGCAUCCACGGGCUCAGCGGCUGUCAAGCGCAAGCCUUCGGAUGCGGCUGGCACGAGCGAAAGCAGCACCAAGCGGUACAAGACGGCCACAUCAACGACGGCCACUGCCGCCGGGACCGCCAAGACGGCCAAGCCGGCGUCAUCGUCGUCUGCAAGCGCCAAGCCGGGCCUGUCUUUCUUCGGAGCCGACAGCAUGAAGAAGCCUGUUGCGGCCUCGAGCAAGGUGUCGUCUGGCGCGACGGGUGCCAACAGGAUGAGCGCGGGCCAGAGUGUGAUGAACUUCCUGGGUACGCUCAGCGGGGGCAACAGCGGCAGCAACAGCAGCGCCAGUCGAGCAGCGGGACGACCUGGCAAGGAAGCGGAAGGCAAGGCUGGCACGCAAGAAAAGAAGAAGGUGAAGAAGCGGGUGACGUGGAAGGAGGACAGCGAGCUGGUGGCGGUGAGGCUGAUCGAGCCUGCCGACUAUGGGCAGGACGAUGCGCAGCACGCCGAGCUGCUGGAGAAAGGAUUGGAAGGGGUGGAGCACGACGAGGGAGAUGCGCUGCGCCAGUCGUUCAGCACGAUGGAAGCGCAGACGGAUUGGUACGAGCCGCGUGAGGUGGAGGUACCCGAGAUGAUGCAAGUGGUGUUGGGCAGCGAAUCGGUCGAGGGGCCAUUCCAGACGCGACGCCAUGCGGAGCUGGAAGAGGUGGUGUACGCCGAGGGCGAGGCGCCCACGAGCCCUGAUGAAAGCCAGCUGGAGCGUCCGGGAACGACCUCGGAGACUCCUGAGGAGCUCAAGGGGGCAGAGAGCGUGGAGAUUCCGACGCCAUGGAUGGGCGAGGCCGACGUGACGGGCGGUGAGGACUAUGCGUAUGCGGAGGAAGCAGGCAUGCCGGAAGUCAAGGCGGAAGGAUCCACAUCCGACGCUGGCGCAGCGAGCGGGAGUGAUGGCGGUGUGCCGUCGCAAGCCGACAUCGGUGCCCUGCUCUCGAAAGUAGGGCCGCUGAUGGGCGGAAAGGCAUCGAAGGCACCUUCCAGCGAGGCUUCCGCUAGCUCUGCGCCCGCUCCCGCGCCUGCCGGGCUCAACUUUGACAUCAACGUAUUAAAGUCGAUUGUGGACCGAGCCAAGAGCAGCGGACCGGCUGCGUCUGCGGUCAACGCAGCCAUGGCUUCUCAGCAGGUGACGACGGACGGCAUCUCGUCGCUGCUGUCGAGCUUAUCCGCCAAGGGCCACGGCGUUGCCGCGAGGCAGGUGGAAGAGAGCUACCCGGGCGAGUACAACCACGACUACGUGCGCACCUCGAGUGCAGCCCCGCAGUACGGCGGUGGGCAUCAAGCGUACCAGCAGCCUCCGCGUUACGACUACGGCAACAAUGGUGCAGCGUGGUCCGGCCCGCACUCGAACCAGUACGGAGGAGGRGGAUAUGGAGGCGGCGGUGGAUCCACAGCCGGAGCGUGGCAGUCCAAGCUGCACACCAAGCCGUGCAAGUUUUUCGCGAUGGGCAACUGCUUCCGCGGAGACUCUUGUCACUUUCGUCACGACGCUGCCGACACAUGGGGCGACCAGCAAUAA